CAAACCAAUAUAUAUAAGUUGCUUAAGCAAUUGAGGGCACGCAGAAGCGGUACGCCAUGCUGCUUCGCUCCCUCCGCGCAACGCUUUCUAGCGCCGCCCGCCACCGCCGCUUCUCGGCGGAGGCCGUGGCGGAGAGCCCGUCGGCGGCCUCGACCUCGGGAGCGGCGCCGAAGCGGAAGGGCGGGGACACGCUGGGGAAGAGGCUGCUGAGCCUGGUGUACGCGAAGCGCAGUGCGGUGGUGACGAUCCGCAAGUGGAAAGAGGAAGGCGGCGCGGUGCGCAAGUACGAGCUCAAUCGCAUCGUCAGAGAGCUCCGCAAGCUCACGCGCUACAAGCACGCCCUCGAGAUAUGUGAGUGGAUGAGGUUACAGCAAGAUAUCAAGUUGUUAGCCGGUGACUAUGCUGUUCACCUGGACUUGAUUGCUAAAGUUCGUGGGCUUAACAGUGCAGAGAAGUUCUUCGAAGAUCUUCCAUCUCAGAUGAGAGGGGGGCAUACCUGCAAUGCUCUCCUCCACAACUAUGCCAAGAAGCAGCUGUCCAGCAAAGCUGAGGCUUUAAUUGAGAAAAUGUCCGAUUGCGGUUUCUUGAAGAGCCCUCUUCCCUUUAACCACAUGCUAUCUAUGUAUGUGUCCAGUGCACAACUGGAGAAGGUUCCUGACGUGAUUGAAAAGUUGAAAAGGAGCACUUCUCCAGACAUAAUCACUUAUAAUCUGUGGUUAACAGCCUGCAAGGAGCAAAAUGAUGUUGCAACAGCUGAAAGGGUUUUCCUCGAGCUAAAGAAGGCAAAAAUACCUCCUGACUGGUUUAGCUACAGUAUUCUGACCAAUCUAUACAUUAAAAAUGCCUCUCUGGAAAAAGCAUUAUCCGCUAUAAAAGAGAUGGAGAAAAGGACUUCACGUAAAACUCGGGUUGCGUACUCAUCCCUCCUGAGUUUAUACACGAAUAUGGGAGACAAAGAUGGGGUUCAUCGGAUAUGGAAAAAGAUGAAAUCAUUAUUCCCGAAAAUGAAUGAUGCUGAAUACACUUGCAUGAUUUCGUCAGUUGUAAAACUUGGGGACCUCAAAGAAGCGGAGAAGCUCUAUACUGAAUGGGAGUUAGUUUCUAAAACCGGCGAUCCUAGGGUUGCAAACAUACUUCUUGCCGCUCACGUGAACAAUGGCCAGAUGGAAAUGGCAGAGAAAUUCUAUGAACGGGUUUCAGAAAAGGGGGUUGCUCCUUGUUACACUACUUGGGAGCUUCUGACAUGGGGUUAUCUGAAGGAGAAGCAGAUGGAUAAAGCUCUUCAUUAUCUGAAUAAAGCUAUUGGUACUGUUGAAAAAUGGCAGUACGACAAAAAGUUGAUUGCACAAUUAUUUGAGAACCUACAGGAGCAUGGAAAUGUUGAAGGAGCAGAGGCACUGCUAGUCAUUCUUCGAAAUGCUGGCCAUGUUAGUACUGAGGUCUACAAUUCACUGCUACAAACUUAUGCCAAAGCCGGUGUGAUGCCACUUGUUAUUGCUGAGCGGAUGAAGAAAGAUGGUGUUCCCAUGAACGAUGAGACUUCUAAGCUACUGGAUGAAACGAGCAAAAUGUGCGUGACCGAAAUUUCGUGCAAAUUUUCCUAACGAAGGUUGGGAUUUACUUUGGAAAUAAUGGAAGAAAAUGCCUUUUCAUUUGGGUGCAGAUGAUUGAGGUUUUACACUCAGCAUAACGGUUUGAUAAUUUAUGUUGAUUCAUUGGGUAGACAGCUAUAUUGUGGAAUUGAGAGAGGUUCUACACUCAUAUGGAUUAAGUUGCAAGUCCUCGAGUCAACAAGCUAAUUGGGAUUGUUCAGUCAUUUGUCGAUCGGGCGAUGGCAUUUCACUCAAGUUUUCUCUUUGUUGAAUCCAUUCCAAUUUGUAAGAGCAGGCAUUGAUAUGGGAAGUGUCCAUGUCCUGGACAGUGCAAGCAAUUUGUUUUUCAUUUAAAUUGAUCACCAGCUAAUCAAGGG